AUGCAAUUCAGCGUUGUCGUAGACAUGGGGAGGAGACAGCAUAAAAAAUCACGAGCUGGCUGCAUUGAGUGUAAGCGUCGCCACGUCAAGUGCGACGAGAAGCGGCCAAUAUGCUCCCACUGCAUUUCCUCCGAGCGGCUAUGCGAAUACGCGCCAGUGAGGUUCCAAGACAUGCAACCAGCCAGCACGAGCAGAAAGCGAACUCGGUCGAUUGAAUCACCAGUGUCCGGCUCAUCCGUCGACUCUUCCCCUCUUACACAACUAGAUCCGCCUGUGAACAUGCUGCAUGCCGAGCUGUUCUACCAUCUGUCCACAGAAACUUUACCCUCGCUUUCCAUGGAUGGCAGCAGCAUGUCCAUUUUGCCCACCGAGGUGAUCAAUUAUGGCCUAGCUGCCCCCUAUCUUCUGAAUGAACUCAUGGCGCUGGCCGCCUUACACCUUGCUAUCCUUCGCGAGAGCCAGAGAGACUUCUACCGCCAUCAUUCCACUGAACUCCAGAAUCACGCACUGCGGAUCUUCCACGGGACCGAGAUAGAUGCCAGCGGGAAACCGUCUGUCCCGGCGUUUCUCUUCUCCUCCAUCCUUGGCCUCCAUCUCCUUUGCGACACUCUAGUUUUCCGAGACCAGGACUUUCAGAGUUUCCUAGACCGUUUCGUCCACUACCUGCGCAUCCACCGUGGUGUGCGUACUGUUAUUGGAGGAAACUGGAGUCAAUUGAAACAGACGCCUGGACUCAAGUCUGUCCUGGCUGAGGGCGAGGCAAGCCUGCAGAUGCAGAACAAUGACACCGAAGCAGCAGCGGUAUGCAGAGGCCUUUUGGCACGCAUCAGAGCGGCGAAACUGGGCCCAGCGAUCACGGCAACCUACGAGCAAGCUAUUGAAGCGCUGCAACAAUCCAUGAACGCAGGACAGGGCGGUGCGCCCACCGAUACGAGACAUGUCGUUGCCUGGUCAGUAAUGAUUUCCGUGGAGUUUGCCGAUAUGCUUGUCCAUCGGCGACCCGAGGCUCUUGUGAUUCUAGCGCAUUAUGCAGUUCUUCUACACUCGUGCCGAGACAUGUGGAUGUUCUGCGAUGGGGGGCGGUUUUUGAUUGAACCAAUCGACCAGUACCUAGGGCCUGAGUGGGCGGAGUGGCUAGAGUGGCCGCGUCAUGUUUUGAAGGAAUCAACCUCAGGCCGUUUAGCUACUGGUACGGAGUAA